AAAAGGUCUGACUUCAGAUGUAACCCCCUUUGUAAUCAUCAACACUUUUUCCAGUAACUAAUGAUUACAGUUAUAUUUAUUUUGUAAUUAAGCAAACACUGUUACAUGUAACUAUUCACUCCCCAACACUGUGCACACUUCACAAUCGACUCCUUAGAUAACUGUGCCACUUCUGUGCUCAUUUCGAUGAUGCCAAUAUUUCCGACAGCAACCAAACGCAGCACAGUUUAACGAGGCCGAGUGCCUGAAAGUAAUUUGUUUUCCCUGGAUCGGACUGACGGGAUUGGACGGCUGCGGGUUCCGCCCACAAACACACAAGGUGGAGUUGGAAAGAAAAAACAUGCUGGGCCAAAAUGAAGCUGUCAAACAGCCGCUUACAAUUUGCAAAAAGAGGAUUCUGGCAUAUGAAAAAGACACCGGAGGCUGCUUUGGAGAUAUAUCAGAUUGUCUUCUAAAAAAAAAAAAAAAAAGAAGAAAAAUGGUGGAAAACUGGCAUUAAAAUGAAAGUGCGAAUUAUAAACUUAUUAUAAACUUGGGAAAAUUCUCUUUAAUUAUGUUAAAUAAUGGGGAGUAUAUGAGGUAAGCCAGUUGCAUUAAAAAAAUAUGCAUAACCACUGGCAGAAACUUUGGCUUUCGUGAAAGUUUCGGGCUACCUGAUCAAAUAUUCGGCGUGCAAACUUCGGCUGCAGAUCAGACAUGGUCGGCCUCCUCCAACCAUGAGUAGAAAUAAUCGCACUCGGUUGUGUGGUUCAGAUACAACAGCGCGGAGAAAAAAAAAUGUGGAUGGCUCCUCGAUCGGCGCUUGGCGAAAUGGGUUGGAUGGAUAGAUGGAUGGAUGGAUGGAGAGAGAGAGAGAAAAAGCUGCUGCACGUUGAGUGGAGGGAGACGGGCGAGUGAGAUGGAGGCGGGGGGGAAGGACCAUCUCUGCGGGGACUGGAGCCCAGGACGGACGGCGCAGUGCUGGCUAUCGUUCAACCCUCCCCUUCUUCCUCCACAACGACGCCGAGAAACAGGUAAGCAGGCAAACACAGCCGCCGCGAUCGCUUUCCUAAUUCGACGAGAGUGCACGAUAAACAAGCGCUCGCGCUCUAAAAAAAAUAAGAUGAAAAAAACACCGCAAAAUCCACCUUUUUAAUGUUUGCUUUUGUUUGAAAAGCGCCUCGAUCGGUCGCUUCUUUGUACUGAGCCAAAUGAACCAAGAGCUUGGGGUAGGGUGCAGACGAGGGCGGCCAUAGCCGAGUUUCUUGUCCUCUACAGCGGGGAAGAAACUCUAUGCAAGAACCUCGGAGGUAAUACUAAGCGUUGUUAUUUCCUUCUAAAAAAUUGCCACCGUCCGCCUGUUUUUAUGCCAACUCCCUUGAGCGAAACUCUCGUCUGUUCGUGCUGAAACUGGAGGGGUUAUUUAUUUGCGUGGGGGAAUUAUCGGUGGUUUCCGCGCCGAGACCUCCAUGCGGCUGUUGUCGGAACAGCCAGCCGCCUCUCUCGGUUAGCCAUCAGGGGAUCUCGGUUUAAUAUCUCACCGUGCAGAGACUCGCCCUCUCUCUCCCCCUCUCUCUCUCACUGACUGUAGCCCAGAAACCAGCGACGACCGAGAGCUUCCAAGGUGGAGAGAAAAAUAACCCGCCUUCUUGUUCUUCUCGACGCUUUUUUGGGUGCGAGAGGACGGGUAGUCUGCAACGCCCUGGGUUUUUUAAAGUUGUUUAAGCCCCUGGUUUUUCUCAGUUUUUUGCAGUGCGCCAUUGGACCUUGUCACGGUAGGUUUCCAUGUAGAGCAAGGGCUUGAAGCAUGGCGGACCUGGAGCUGUUUGUCAGCGCCAGUGAAGCUGCUCAGUCUCGGAUGUGUUACCAUGUUUCCUUUUAUAUUUUUGGAGCUAUUUCUUAAUAUUUAACCACCGCAAUACUGUAGCCAAAAUGUCUGAUAUUGUGUGUUUUAAAUAAUUUCACUUAAGUACAGUAAGGUUGGAAAAUGUAACAGAUUGGUUGUUUGAAACAUUUUUCCAUUUUUCUUCUUUCUUCCUGUGCCUCCGCAAGUAACCCACCAUGGUAUUAAAACAGCAAUCUCGGUUACCAAUUUCGUUAAUUUGAAUUGUUUAAUCAUAACCCGACGAGGUAGCUAUAUAUUAUAUACUUUCGAAGAAAUGAAGAUAUUACUUUUUAAUAUUUUGUGAGCAAUAAUGUAGCUAAAUCUAAAUUCUCGGAGCCUUUUUGUAACAAAAAAUGAAGGCAAUUGUAAAGUUUUGUGUUUUAACAUUUUAAAAAAUGCGUCUAGCUAUAAAUAUUAAGUCAAAUGCCCCAUUUUUAAGCUUCAUUUGUCGUGCCAAGUUGCCCUUGGCCAUGGAAAUGCCCCAGCUCUUGUUUUUCCAUCGUCCAUAUGUUGUAUUUUUUACAUAAAUUGAAGCUAUUCUCGAUGUUUCAAAGGCUCCGGGUGUGUAUGUUUUUAGCUGUUAAAAGUUAUACAAAUGGCCGGUGUCGAUGGGUUUAAUGUAGCUGGGUCACACGAUGGACAACCACAGUGUGAGCUGGUGCCAUGAAGGACACGAUGAACAACGAGCAGCCGCCAUCAUUGGAGCACAGAUCGGCUACGCCUCGCUGAAGAAUGUACUGGAUAUUGCUCUAAAAUCACCACUUUUAAAAGCCAAAACAAAACCCCUUAAUAAAGUAGCCUAGAAAAAAACACUUAUUUAUUGACUGUGCACGAGAAUGUGGUUGUUUUUUCUCUCUCCCCCCCUCCCUCACUUCGCUCCAGUACCGAGUAAACAUGUAGAAGGGAAGAUUAUAGGUUUGCAUGGCGGAGCUAGACGCGCAUCCGACGCGGAUGAAGCGCCUCUGCCGAGUGGCGCAUUUCACUGCAGUGCUUCCAAAGCCACCAUUCCCCCUCUUGUCGGAGACCGAAAGCAGAUCCCCGUGGUCAGCUGGUCGCCUACAGCUGCCUGUCCGUCCACGUCCAUUCGCUUCCUCCUUCCGUGGAUCCUCCCCAACCUUCAGCUCCCCGACUGAAAAAUCCUCCAUUACCCGAGCAGUCUAGGCGAGAAAAUGGUCGCUCCUAUACAAGACUGUACAUUUACAAAUGAAUGGAGUAAUGGAGGUACCAACCCAAGGCCUAGUGUGGCCACAGGAUGACCUCUUAAAACUCCUGGAGUGCAUGAAAGUGGCCUUGCCCCAGAAAGACCUGACCAAAUACAAAACGUCAGAGUCCCACCUCGACUGGCAGAAGGUGGCCUUCAAUUCAUACACAGGGGAGAUGUGUAAGCAGAAGUGGUCGGAAGUCUCCAAAGAGAUUCGUAAAUUCCGGACCCUUACAGAGCUGAUAUUUGACGCUCAAGACUACAUCAAGAACCCUUACAAGGGCAAGAAAAUAAAAAAGCACCCAGAUUUCCCCAAAAAGCCAUUGACUCCAUACUUCCGCUUCUUCAUGGAAAAGAGGGCCAAGUAUGCGAAGUUGCACCCCGAGAUGAGCAAUUUGGAUUUAACUAAAAUCCUCUCAAAGAAGUACAGGGAGCUGCCCGAAAAGAAAAAGAAAAAAUAUGUCGAAGACUUCCUGAGAGACAAAGAAACAUUUGUGCAAAGCAUGAUGAAGUUCAGGGAACUACACCCAGACCUUAUGGAGAGCAUGGCCAAGAAGGGCUCAAAUGUACCAGAGAAGCCCAAGACACCACAACAGCUGUGGUACAACCAUGAAAAGAAGGCCUUCCUCAAGACCCGCCCAGAUGCAACCACCAAGGACAUUAAAGACAGUCUUGGCAAACAGUGGACACAGCUCUCUGACAAAAAGAGACUCAAGUGGAUCAGCAAGUCUCUGGAGCAACAAAAACUGUAUGAGGAGACCAUGCGCGAGUACAUCCAGCAGCACCCUGAGUUGAACAUGACCCAGGGGGAUUUCACCAAGUCCACCCUGACUAAAGCCGAGAGGCACCUUAAGGACAAGUCUGACGGCCGACCCGACAAACCUCCUCCAAACGGUUACUCGAUGUUCUGCGCCGAGUUGAUGUCGAGCAUGAAGGAAGUUCCCAGCACAGAGCGCAUGGUGAUGUGUAGCCAGAGGUGGAAACUGUUGAAACAGAACGAGAAGGAUGCUUACCAGAAACGCUGUGAACAGAGGAAGAAGGAGUUUGAAAUUGAGAUGAACAGAUUUCUCAGUAGUUUGUCUGAGGAGGAGCAGGCGCGGGUCCUGGGUGAGGAUAAGAGCGGGAUUAAGAGGGGCGCUGGAGCCAACAGUCCUGCAGCCAAAAAGAAGAACACAAAAGCAAAGGUCAAUCCCGAGAAACCCAAAAGGCCCAUUUCAGCCAUGUUUAUCUUCUCUGAGGAGAAACGUCCCAAACUGCACCAGGAACGACCAGACCUCUCUGACAGCGAGCUCACAAGACUCCUGGCACGCAUGUGGAAUGAGCUGCCCGAUAAGAAGAAGGAGAAGUAUAAACGUCUAGAAAUGGUCCUGAAGGCAGAGUCAGAGAAGAAGGAGAGGGAGGAUCGUAGUCGUCUGCCGGACCCACCCAAGACUGCUCAGGACAUCUGGCAGCAGAGUGUCAUAGGAGACUACCUGGCAAGAUUUAAGAACGACCGGCAAAAGGCACAGAAAGCCAUGGAAGGAACCUGGAGCACCAUGGAGAAAAAAGAGAAGAUUAUGUGGAUCAAAAAGGCAGCAGAGGACCAGAAAAGAUAUGAGCGAGACCUGUGUGAGAUGCGCUCACCUGCUGCCACCAUCGCCUCAGGGAAGAAGAUGAAGUUUGAGGGUGAACCCAAGAAGCCUCCAUCAAAUGGAUAUCAGAAGUUCUCUCAGGAGAUGCUGUCCAACGGAGAGCUGAAUCACCUACCCAUGAAAGAGCGGAUGGCUGAGAUCGGCAGCCGCUGGCAGAGAUUAACUCUGAAGGACAAGGACCGAUACAAGAAAAUAGCCGAGGAGAAGCAGAGACAGUACAAAAUAACACUGGAGCAGUGGCUCGCUAGCUUGUCCUCACAAGAGAGGAACACUUACAAAGAAUAUAAUUCACAAAAACGGAGAACUACGGCAAAACCAGGAGGCCCCAAGGCAAAGGCCAAAAAAUCUGACACCGAGGAGGAGGAGGAGGAUGAGGAUGAUGAUGAUGACGAGCGGGAGAAGGCUUCCUCCGAGGCAUCCUCAUCCAGCGAAGACGAUGAAGAUGACGACGACGACAAGGAGGGUGACGAAGAAGACGACGACGAAGAUGAUGACGAAGACGACGAGGACGACGAGGCGGAAGACAAGGAGAACAAGUCGGAGGACAGCAGCAGCGAGUCGCAGGGCUCGUCGGACUCAGAUUCGGACUGAAACGGGGCCGACGGCGUCCUGAGAUGAACUGAGCAGCGCUGAGCUGAGCCAAGAGUCCAGGGAGCUCUGCCACUGUGCCAACCCUGCUAUCCUCCCACCACCAGAGGGAGCCCCCUGCAUUGCCUCAUCCAUUUCACACUCACCCACAUAAAGUUGCUGCGUUUGUGAUCUUCUCAUGGAAGGACCCCUUCCCCCCUUUAAUGUCCGAAAAAAACCAGUUUCAUUCCCUCCCCGGUGUGAUGAUCAUCUCACAGGCUGACGUUAUGCCAAAAACAGCAUCCCACUGGUUUGGUGAUGUCAUGAACAUUUUCUGCCGUUGGUUUCAAUCUUGACUUACAGGUUCAAUGGUUAAAGUUAGUUUUAAUGUCAGGGAUAUUGAUUUACCCUCCAGUGUUUCUUUUAUUAUUCUGGUAAUUAGUUAAAAACAAGUGGCAUGAGUUGUGAACAGGCUUCUUAGAGCCAAAGAACAUAGUAUGGUGGAUCACUUUAGGGAGGGGGGGGGUGUGCGGGGUACUGAAAAAUUGCACUCUUCAGAAUGUUUCCUUUUUUAAUUUUUUUUUUCUUUUCAGAAAAGUUGACUUGUUUCUCUAUUCUCAAUUUAUGAUGUAGAUUUUAUCAUUUGGUUCUUAAAGAGGUGGUAUUUGUUCAGGAAAAAUUCAAGCCAUUAUGAAUGUCUUUUUGUUGCUGGAAAUUUUUCCAAACUUGUUACGUACCCGUGUUCUCAUUUAAAAGCUACAGUGCCUAUAAAGGGUUCAACCCUCUACAACCCCCUUUCUUUGACUUUUUUCAUGUCUUUUUUUGCUUUGCAACAAUGAACCAAAGUGGAUGUAAUGAGGUUUUUUGAUACCGAUUAACAAGAAGUGACUCUUUAAAAGGAAACCUGCAACAUUUCUGAGGAAAUUUUAACUUAUUUGCAGUUUCAUUUUAAGUACAGCAGAACUUAAACUGAUAUUAAUCUCACUUAACUUUCAGUAAGACAGCAGCAAGUUGAGUGAAUUUCCCAAACUGAUGGGCUGCUGCUGAAACAACUCAAGUCUGUAGAUUAAGAACAAAUAAAAACAAAAUAAUUGAUCAUAUUAAGAAAAUUAGGCUAAGCAACAUCUAUAUAUAGGAACUUCUCCCAAAUUCCUCUUAGCAACCAUUUAGGUAAAACCACAAAUUCUAAUAAUGAAGUCUGACUUGGCCUCCUCACUAAUCUUCUUCUGCUGCCACAGUCUGCUCCAAACAGAUUUAUAUUUGUGCCAUAUUCCCUGUUUUAUUAAAAAAAAAGAAGAAGAAAUUAUUGUAUUCAGCGGGCUAUCUUAGUGCCUUUAAAACUGUUCUUGUAUCCUUCGCCGGAAUGUUUUCUUAUUUUUCACAACCAGAUGUGUAACUAACCAGCUGUUGGAGCUUCCCGUCACAUUUCCAAUUACACAAAUAUGGUCUUUCAGGGCUUGUAAAAUCACUUAUAAGCACCCAAUUUAGAUUAGUUUGCACACCAAAAAUGCUUUCAAUAUCACAUUAAAGAGUCUCCUGUUCCUCAGUGUCAAAUACAAUGAUUAUAUCUUCUGUGCUUUGGAGUUGUAAAACAAAAAAAAGGGGAUUGAACACCAUUUAUAGGCACUGCAGGAUCCAUUUUCCAUGUGUCUGUCAUUAAAAAACUGUCAUUUAUGGAACUUAACUGACACGUUUUGUAGUGUAUAAAAGUUUAUCAGUCUGAAACAAUUGCGUUCAGUUUAUUCAGCAGUUUUGACUUUGUUCUGGUAAUAAAACAGUUUAUUGUGUGACCAGAGCAGUUUGUAAUUUGAAGGGAUAACAUUUGUUUUCCAAGAGUAGCUUGCUCAAUCUGACUCUGCGUUGUUGUUUUUUUUUUAAAAACAAUAUGUCAUACAAUUGGUGUAUGUUUGUUCUUCUGAAACCGUUAUUCAUUUCCUUUUACGGUUUGUCCUAAUCGAUCGAAUUGUUAAUAGAUUUGUUUUAAUUGUGAGCAGUUGUGUUUUUUUCAGAUCUAUCUGAAAUCAUUUGUGGAUUGCUGAACUCUGAAUGGUUUCGUCAUCAUUUGUUUUCAAGUUUUGUUUUUUUUUGAAAAUUUUAAAUGGUAUUGACUUAAAUCUUCUUGGGUUUUUAAGUCUGAUGCUGAUCCCAAAAAAAGAAAGAAGUGUGCACUUAAUGUAAAUCUGUCCCUCUCUGUGUGCGUUUGUGUGCAUGCAUGCACAGAACUGUGUAUAUAUGAGGGUGUGUGUGUGUCUGUGUGUGUGUGCGUGUUUCUUUAUGCUUUAAUGUGUGCUGUUUUUAUUUUGUUUUGUUUUUUGUUUUGCUUGUUUUGUUGCAUACCAUGAUGUGACUGUGGUGUGCAUGUAUGUGCCUGUGUGGGGACAUCAUACCAACACCAUGAAUGUAGAUAUUGUUAAAUCUUUGAAAUCUUUUUUUUUUUUUUUUUCCAAAGGUCUUUUAGUUAUUUUUUUUUUCCUUGGCGCUGUCGUGUCAUUGGUUACCUGAAAAAAACAAAAACGGACAAAUAACUUCCAUUGACUGUCAUUUUGGAUCUAGGGGAACAGAUUAUUAUUACACAUCAAACUGUUGAUAAUCUGAUAGUAAUGGACUGAUUUUUUGACCAUUAUGAAUCUCAUCACUGACUGAAACAAAACCAGCGUGGACUAUUUAAAUAACUAGGGGGGGGGGGGGGGGGGGAAAGAAAGGUGAUUGCUGAUAUUGAUUGAUGGGAGUUUGUAAAAGGGAUUACGGGGAACUGAGUUGCCAGUGGAAUUGGGUUAAAAGAAAAAAAAUGGUUGUAAUUUUCUUGUAAAUACUGUUUUUUGUAUUGAGUGCUUAUUGUUUUUUUGUUUUUUUUUUGUUAGUAAUUCAAUUUGGCAAAACCCUCAUCUGUGACUUCUGAGGCCAGUGAGUCCUUUCACUCACAGGGAAGAAUUUUUUGGGUUUAAUUCACCUUGUUUU